AACAGGAAAACCUAAAAAUAUGUAAUUAUAACUAUGAUCAAAGAACAAAAGGGGGAAAAAGGAAAUAAUUCCAUAACCAGUUCAACCUUUCCCCAACCAAAAUCCUCUCUCUGCAUAUUAUACAUGUAUAUAAACCAAGAAAACCCAAACCCAAAAACCUACAAGAACACAAAUUACUCAUAUAUAUAAAGAACUACCGUCAUAAUACACUUAUAACAGUAAUAGGGUUUUAAUUAUAAUGAAAUUAUUGAAUUGAAAUUGAUUAGGAAAUUGUUUAUAUUUAGGGAUUGUUAAAUGCACGUGGCGGUGGAUCUCAAUUGGUUCCUGCGAUUCGUAGUUGCACCAUUCUUGGUGGCUUUUGGGUUGCUCCAACUUCUGAGAAACACCGCCUCCAAGUAUUUCGUUGUCGACAACAAUUUUGAGUCGGAUUACUCGUUCGAUCGCAACAAGGAGAAGAUGGCGGCCGCCGAUCAUUGCGUCGUCUGUGAAAGUAGAACCAUGAAACAGUGCGCCCGUUGCAAGAUGGUAAAGUAUUGCUCUGAAGCUUGCCAAAUAUCUCACUGGUCUGAGCACAAGAAGAAAUGCAACGAUUUACAAUUGUCUCGUAAAGCUAAUUCUAUGCAAUCUACAUCUAUUUUGAGGGGAAAAAAUGCUUCAUUGGUUCCUGCUGGUGGGAGCUCCAAGAUUUUCAAGCACUCGAAAGAAAUACUUUUCCCUUAUGAGGAAUUUGUGGAACUUUUUAAUUGGGACAAGCCUGGUUUUUCUCCUUGUGGACUCUUAAAUUGUGGAAACAGCUGCUUUGCUAAUGUGGUUCUCCAAUGUCUUGCCUAUACUCGGCCACUUGUGGCCUACUUGUUGGAGAAAGGCCACCGUAAAGAAUGUCAGCAUGAUAAUUGGUGCUUUCUGUGUGAAUUUCAAACUCAUGUUGAAAGGGCUAGCAGGAGUCUGCAGCCAUUUUCUCCAGUUAACAUUCUAUCACGAUUGCCUAAUAUUGGUGGUAAUCUUGGCUAUGGGAAACAGGAGGAUGCCCACGAGUUCAUGAGGUUUGCCAUUGACACAAUGCAAACUGUGUGCCUUGAUGAAUUUGGUGGAGAAAAGGCAGUUCAUCCUAGAUUCCAAGAGACCACCCUUAUUCAGCAUAUAUUUGGUGGUCACCUUCAAUCUCAGGUUAUCUGUACAAAAUGCAACAAUGAUUCGAACCAGUUUGAGAACAUGAUGGAUUUAACUGUCGAAAUUCAUGGUGGUGCUGCAUCUUUGGAGGAAUGUUUGGACCAGUUCACUGCCAAAGAGUGGCUUCAUGGGGAUAAUAUGUAUAGAUGUGAUGGAUGCAAUGAUUAUGUUAUGGCAUGGAAGCGCCUUGCAGUCCGGCGGGCACCCAACAUUCUUACAAUUGCCUUGAAAAGGUUUCAGAGUGGGAGGUUUGGUAAACUUAAUAAGAGGGUGACAUUCCCGGAGACUUUGAAUCUGAGCCCUUACAUGAAUGAAUCAGAUGGCAAUGAUGUUUACAAGCUAUAUGCAGUUAUUGUCCAUGUGGACAUGUUAAACGCAUCAUAUUUUGGUCAUUACAUAUGCUAUGUCAAAGAUUUUUGUGGAAACUGGUACAAGAUUGACGAUUGCAAGGUUAUUAGCGUUGAUUUGGAUGAGGUGCUUUCACAGGGAGCUUAUAUGCUCUUGUAUAACAGGAUCCGUGCUCGCUCAUCAUGCUUACUUCCUGCUGAAUCUAAAAGGAAAGAUAAGGAAAAAAUGGAAAUGGAAGUAAAUCCAUCACCGAAUUAGCCUGCUGAGGGCUUCUCUCCAGUAGGAUGCCUCGAUAGUCCUGUUGAUUCUGGACCAUCAGCAUCUACUAAUUGUUUAGGAUCAAAUAUCGCAAAGGGGGAGGAAAACUUAUCAUCUUCAACUGAUUCUAUAGAUGCUAGAGGGGAUAUAGAGGUGGUACAUUCUGAAGCAAGUCUGCAAAUUGUCAAGGAUGUUGCACAUGUAUACCGUAAUGGAUGCUUUGAUGCACCUGAAGAAAUUGAUUCUAUUGUUGAACAUGCUCAUCAACCAGCCACUGGGAAUAUUUCAGUGAUUUGUACAAGUUCUACUCAAUCUGACGUUCACAAAAUUAAACCAUCCUCCUCUAUGUCUGAUGUUGAGAAUGAAAGUGGGUGCAGCAAAAACGUGAAUGAAUGUUUGUCGGAAAUUUUGGGUGAAGAUUAUUCCAAUACUCAGAUCCGUACCUCUCAGAAAGGCAAUGAAGCAGAUGAUGUUUCAGCUAUAGCGUUUACCAGUGACACUGUCCAUGAAGAAUUGAACUCUACUAAUUUCAUAUCUACGCCUCAGAUUGCCAAGUCUGAAAAUAAUAUAUCUUCCCGUCUUGGUAUUCAAGACGUGGCAAGGAAAUCUAAUGGAGCGAGUUCUUCUGGAGCAAAGUUGAAACCAUUUCUUGCUCCUGGUUUUCUGGAAAAAGGCCCACGGAAAAAAUGUGUCAAGCAAGGUGUCAGUGAACCGGCUUCCAAUAGUCACCUAAAUGGUCAAACAAAUGGGAUUUUCAAACCCUAUUUAACAUGUCAAAAUGGUUAUUUGUUGCCAGAUGAGGAGAGACAUUAUUCUGGCCUAAGCUGUUCUACUAAUAAUUUGGACAGGCAAACUGGGAUGUUCGACGAUGACACUAAAAUGGUCUCCGGUGAAUCUGAUAUGUCUAUAAGCUCAGAAAGUGGAGUUGCUAGCUAUCCAAUAAUAUUUUGUAAUGGAACCAAAAUUGACAAAACCAAUGAAAGGCUAAAGGUAGGAGGACAUAAUCUGAUUUAUCGUGGCAAAUCCCAUGGAUAAAUAGAGGUAGAAUCUUCAAAUGUAUUGGAAGGCUCGUGAGGUUGACAAGGCGAUGAAUGAUCACUUGUAUCUGGGCCUCUUAGUUAUGAAGUCUUGAAUAGAAGCUUCAGACAAAGGUUUGAACCUUCCCAAUUGAUGUCUGCAGGAAAUUAUGUUUCCCAUAGUUCAGUCAAAGUUGGAGAUUACUUGUGGUGCUGGUGGCUGAACAGCUUAAUUGUGCUUACAAUGUUUUGCUGAAUCAGAUAAUAAUUAAGUGCUAAAAAUUAGUAGAUGAUAUUUCUUAAUCAAUUCUGGAGUAGUAUUCUUUUCGUGUUUAUAUUAUUCGAUGUUUCAUCACCCCAACUUCUUGUGAUGAGAUUUUGUCCGUGGUUUCGAUGUUUAUAGCUUUUUACACCUGUUUAACUUGGACAACUUCAAAUGAAAUGGAAUAACCUUACUGCUCAGUUUUGGCA